AAGUCCUCUAUGUAUGAUUUGACCAUCGACAAUUGCGUGCCCUGCUUUUAGCAAUUAGAAGUGCAAGCUCUCAUGCCAAGAAUACCCACGAGACUUGUUUUGAAAGCCUACAAGGAGAACCCUCUGUUGCUUGACCUCCUCAAAGAAUGCCGGACUCUUGAAAAUGCCCGGAACGAAUUGCGCUGGCUCCGUGAAGGUGCCAUCGCCAAAUUUCCACCUCCCGGAACCUCUUCUAAAGGACAGGAUGUUUACUCCACGCAUACAUGGCAACGAGAAUUACGAAAGAUGUGUGACGAUCGCAGCAAGGGGAAACCUCUCCAGUAUAUACUUGGUGAUCAGCCUUUUGGGGAUCUGGACAUACUCUGCCGGAAAGGAGUUUUGAUACCACGUGGCGAAACCGAGUCUUUUACAUUUCAUACCAGAGAUGUAAUAUUGGAAGCGCACUCUGCAAAAUAUCUGGGUAAAUCUUUACGAAUUCUUGAUUUGUGCAGUGGUAGUGGCUGCAUAUCACUGCUCCUUCACUCACUUCUUGCUUCCCAUUUCAAAGAUCUCACCAUAGUGGGAGUCGAUGUGGAUCCACGAGCUAUUAGCCUAAGUCAGAAGAACAAACUACACAAUAUACGGCGCGGCCUUCUGUCGCCGCGGGCACAGAACGAGGUCUGUUUCCUAAAAGCUGACAUCUUAGAUUCUAUCGAAUCUGGCAAGCGCUCUUUUCUGGACACCCUGCAACCCCACUUCCCUGGAAGCAAUACUCAAAGCACAUGGGAUGUUCUCAUUUCGAAUCCGCCUUACAUAUCAACGUCCAACUUCUGUAAUGGCACAACUUCCCGGAGUGUUCGGAAAUAUGAGCCAGUAAGGGCCCUUGUACCUCCGAUCGUCCACUCUCCGUUCUGGAAGGAACUAGGCUUCGAACAUGUAGCCCGGGAGGAUAUUUUUUAUGUUAGGUUGCUGUCUCUCAUUCAUCAACUCCAUGUGAAGAUCACAGUUUUAGAAUGUGGUGACUUGGAGCAAGCUCGACGUAUCAUGACCAUGGCUGAAGUUCUAUCUGAGAAGGUUGGGGCCAAUGGAAGGCAAUGCGUGUACAUCUGGAAUGAUGGUUGUGCUGUGAAUGACAAUGAUGGAGGCGCCCGGGCAGUCAUUAUAGAGAGCCUGUUAUAA